AUGGCCUCGCCGAAAUGGUGCCAGUGGAGAAACAAUCAUUUCAAACGUCACUUGUAUUGGUUUGGCCAUAGACGCAAUGUAUUUCUCUAUAUCGUCGACCAAGGCAGGUAUGAAGUAAGACGAUAUCGAAUUGGUGAAAAUGAAGGAACAGUGGUUGCAGGUGCCAAUGGACAAGGAAAUCGUCUCGAUCAAUUCUCUGUUCCUUCUUAUGUAUUUGUUGAUCGGCAUCAUUCAAUGUAUGUAUCUGAUUGGAAAAAUCAUCGUGUUAUGAAAUGGGAAUAA